CGGCUCAAAAUCGUAUUCGCUCCAGUCAUUUUUUUGAUUUUAGUUUUUUAAUUUCUGCAAAGUUAUUAGUACGAAUUUAGAAAAUGACCAAGUCCAAGGGAAAGAAGAAGUCUGGCUCUAGGAAGAAGGAAGAAAAAGUCGUCGAUGAAGUUGAAAAACUUGAAAAUGAAGACUCUCCAAUGCAACAAGGCAUUUCCGAAGCUCGUCAAACAACCUCGGCUUUGUUGACGGAGGCGAACGGGCUGAAUGAUGAUCUCAACAAAGAAGUCGAGACGACUGAACCCGAGAAGGGGGCAUUUGGAUUUUGUGGAAAGGAUCGUUGCAAGAAAUGCCGGAAGAUCUUGGAGGUCGAAGAUUCUAUUGGAGGAGUAUAUUGCCACUUUAUCUGUCCUCAGAAUUUUGUCUUCUGUUCGGAAAAGUGCAAAGAGGAUGAUGGCCACAACUGCGAGCCUUACGAAUAUCGGGCGAAGAAGGAGGAUCGAAUGGUUGCCGAGAUGCAAAGUACGGUCGACAUUCCUGAAAACAGCGUCUUGGCUGAUAUGGCAAUAAUCAUUGAGAUUCCAUGUGUCGCCCAUUACAAGAAUCCGAAGUCUAUCAGAUCCGUCAUCGAAGUCCCGUGCAUUCAAUGUAGCGUCGUAAAUCAGGAAAAGUGGGUCGAAAAGGGUGAACAAGAGUAUGGCAUCUUCGAUAUAGUGAAGGCGACUGACUGCAAAAGGUGCAAAUGGCCCGUGUGUCCUGAUUGCAAACAGCUACAUCACAAAGAAUGCAAAGACGACUUGGCCGUUUUCACGCGAUCAUUUGCAUCACGACGACUUCAACAUCCCAUACAUCUGAAUCAAGACAGUGCCUUCUGGAUGCUGGGACUAAUGCGGUUAUCCAUCCUGGAACAGAAGAACAAGGAUCUCUUUCAGAAGUUCGAGCUGCUUAUGAAGGAGAGGGAUUCCAGCUCCUUCGAACUUACCCGCGAUGAUAAGCUGUACUACGAUAAGUUCUUGGAGGAGUUUCAGAAGCAUUUUCGUACUUUGCCGCUCUGGAGUGGGCUGGAAAUUAAACGCAUCAUGGAUGCGCUUAUGUACUACCGGGUACAUACGGCUAGCAUUUCUUGGCCGGGUGCACAUGUGGGCGUUGUUAACAAGUGUGUCCUGCUUGGGGUCAAACUCCACUUUGGAUGUACUCCAAACAUCAUCCUGACCAAGGAACUGGGCGCGAGUGGGGUCGUCUUGAAGACUCUGAAGCCAGUCAAGCAGGACGAGAUAUUAAGUCUGGGGAUAUACCAAGAUGGAACUGUGCCAGGAUUUGGCGUUUAUCUUCGUGAGCGAGGACCCGGACACAAGAAGGAAUGCACCUCGUCUGCAUGCAUGAUUUGCACGAAAAAGGGUUAGUUAGUUUGUGGCGUUUAUUUCAGUGUUGUGAUGCAAAGUACCUCUUAACCCACCUUAUUUCCCUUAAUCCAACUUAUAAGUUGUAUUUAACUCCAAGUUAUAUAACUAUUUAUAUUGUUAAUUGAAUAUGUAAAUUAAUCAAUGAUAAAUAUUAUAAUUACUUAAUGAAAUUUAUUUUACUCAUUGAAAUACAUGUGUAAAUAUGUAUGCAUGAAACUCUGAAUUCUGAUAAUUGCUUACUUAUAUAACUAUGCAAAACAUAUCACCAAUUUUUUUCGGGCAUAUAAACUAAACUAAUAACAAUGUCACUAUUUUAAUACGGGAUUUCUAAAAAUGCAAUCGCUAAAUCCUCAAAAAAAUGAUCCGAACAAAAAUAGGCAGAUGAGAAAAGGUAGGUUGAAACGAAACAUUACUUUUAUUUCUACUUUAUCGAAAAUUUCCUGAUUGAAGGGAUAAUGCAGAAUGAAUUUAAGAUGGAAUUUCAACUGGGCUGAAUAGAAAAUUGUUAAGUUAAUUUAUAACGUACUUAAUUGCUUUAUUUGUUUCAUGAACGGAAAUUAGUGUACCUACUUAUACGCAUGGAAUGCCAAUAAAUGUGCGGAAAUUUAUAGUUUCAAAAAUCUAUAUUUAGGGUCCUGCCUCUUCCAGGCUUCGCUACCCCCUGGCCUCAAAACUGCAGAGGGUCUGGUACUCCUUAUCAUUGUUUGCAAUUUUAUUUGCACAUUCCUUCUUCAACCUUUCUUGUGAGCAUUCCUGCGUCGCCCGUCCGCACGAGUACAACAUUCCACGUUGGUGGAGGCAUUGGUCCAGGAAAUUGUCGCAUUUACAGGUCCUGAUCUCUUCCCUUUCUUGGGCGUUGAAGGGUCGGACGCAGAAGCAUUGCGGCACAGCGUGGGGUACCACUUCGUGGGUCAUUUGCCAAUCCGCGUCACAGUGGUCGAAGGGGCCCUUGCAUCGCGUCUUCAUUUGACUACUGCUCCCGUCUAGACAAGUUUUCUGCUCGGAAUUCUGAAAUUUCAAGUUUUGUUUAAUUAGCAUAUUUCAGGUAAAAUGUAAUCUCUAAAUUAUCAACCUCAAAGAAGGAUGCGAAUGCCAGGCAGACGAGGAGAGGCAAGUUGAGACGAAACAUUAUGUGUAUUUUUAUUUCCUGACGAAUAGGAUUGAAUGAAGAAUGAAUUUAAGAUUUAAUCAAAUUCAGGGUUUUAUAGGGAAUUUAAGAAAUUAUAUUGUUUCAUCAACGAAAGUAUUGUACCUAGAUAUUUACUUAUGCGGUAGGAAUGCAAGUAAAUGAGAGGAAAUUCAUUGUUUCAAAAAAAUCAAGUGUUUACCCGAAUUGUUUUUUCCGAUCGUGAGUUAAGUUAUUCAUAUCAAGCAACAGGAUUUAGGAGUUGAAUUAAAUAAGAAUUUUAUGUCCAAUUCCAGUCUGGCAGGGCAACAACCUUUUGCUUCCUCUUUACAACUUUACACAAUUAAUUAAGUAGUCAGCCAAUAAUGUAUUAAAACAAUCAAACUAAAUAUAUCCAUGUUAUUGAACUAUGCCAAGGAUUUAUUUUAUCAAUUAACAUCCG